GUGGCAGCAGCGCCACCAACCACAGAGACACGGCGCGAGCGAGAGAGAGAGAGAGAGAGAGAGAGAGAGAGACUCGGGGGAGGGGGUCCGUCUGUUGCACAACAACGCGGACCCAUGUAACUUGUGGAAGUGGUUUCGAGAGCAGGACAUUAUUGACUCCCCUUCAGGAGUUGGUUGGUGUGAUGCAACCAUGGAGGCGCAGAACAACAACCAGCCCACCUUAGACAACCACAACAAUCUCUACAAAAUACCCGGUCAGGAGGAUCCGAAAAACAUGCCGAGCUGUAGGUACUUCUGCACUCUGGCCAACCUCCGGAUUGAGAAGAAGAUUGGUCGGGGCCAGUUCAGUGAGGUCUACAAAGCCACGUACCUGCUGGAGGGACAGCUGGUUGCACUCAAGAAGGUCCAGAUCUUUGACAUGAUGGAUACCAAGGCCCGUCAGGACUGCAUCAAAGAGAUCGAUCUACUAAAGCAACUGAAUCACCCCAAUGUGAUCAAAUACCUUGACUCCUUCAUUGAAGACAAUGAACUCAACAUUGUUCUGGAGCUGGCGGAUGCUGGGGAUCUGUCCCAGAUGAUAAAGUACUUCAAGAAGAAGAGGCGCCUCAUCCCAGAGAGGACGGUAUGGAAAUACUUUGUGCAGCUCUGCAGCGCUCUGGAUCACAUGCACUCACGCAGAGUAAUGCACCGGGAUAUCAAGCCAGCCAACGUGUUCAUAACAGCCACAGGGGAGGUGAAGCUGGGUGACCUGGGAUUAGGCCGCUUCUUCAGCUCUAAAACCACGGCAGCACACUCCUUAGUGGGGACACCUUACUACAUGUCACCGGAGAGGAUCCACGAGAACGGAUACAAUUUUAAGUCAGACAUCUGGUCCCUGGGGUGUCUUUUGUAUGAGAUGGCAGCGCUGCAGAGUCCGUUUUACGGGGACAAGAUGAACCUCCUCUCCCUCUGCCAGAAGAUCGAGCAGUGCGAUUACCCCCCCCUCCCCCCCGACCAUUACUCUGAGAAGCUGCGGGGCCUGGUGAGCAUGUGCAUCAACCCCGAACCAGUCAAGCGGCCGGACAUCGUCUUUGUGCUGCAGAUCGCCAAACAGAUGAACAUGUGGCCUUCCAGCACCUGAGCACCACGUGUGUGUGUGUGUGUGUGUGUGUGUGUGUGUGUGGUGUCAUGGAGGAUGCACCAUGUGUGUGUGUGGUGUCAUGGAGGAUGUGAGGAGGGCCUUUGUGGUGGAGCACGCUCGGAAAGCAGAGUUUAAGAGUUUAUGGAAGCACACUUGAGCUUUCUUCCUUCAACUCCACGGGGGUUCAUUCCAAGUGCAUGUGUGUGUCAGGUAAAGUAGACAUUGGGAAGUCAAAUAUCUUUCAGCACUCAUUGUAAUGAAAUGUUGUUUUUUAUAUCGUCAAUUUAAGUGCAUAAUUGAGGGUUCUAAAUGGACAAUUGGUACAUACGCAUUAGCAACAACUUGAUAUGUUAUACAUCUGUUUACUUCUAUCAGAGGAAGGCGUUCUUUAUGACUGGUGGAUUAUCCCUGUUCUUUAUUUCAUUAUCUUAAAGGGAGAGUUCUGUCACUGUCUCAAUGGCCCAAACUAUCCCUUUAAAGGAUAAAGCUCUUACUUAGUUUUUGAAGGCCUGUUUUCCCAAAUUGACUAAAAAUGGUCACGAUAAUCUUGAUUCAAGGAGGACUCACGAGUUUAUCCCAAAGCUUUCAACCACACAUCAUGGUUUUCAUUGGCGGAUGGCGUCACUCAGUUGACGACAACAACGUUCACAUGUGAACAAACCCAAUAAUAAAGACCAGGAGAUGUGGUUGAAAGCUCUGGUAUAACUUAGUAAGUAGAACUUGAAUCUUUUCAAGACUUCAAGAAUAAACUUUCAGGCACAACGUUCUGAAGCUGCAGUAAUUGAUUCUUUUGACCAUUUGGGCUUAUAACACAACUUUGCCAUAUUUGCAAUAUUUGUUCCGUUUCUGAAGCGGAGCAACAUUAGCAUUCAUUUGGAGUUGUGUUUGAUGGAUGGAAGUCAAAUGUUCUCUCCUUUUAUCUGUUUUUGGUCUCCACCAACCCCUGAGAACUGUCUGUCCCUUUAGAUGCUAAAUGCUCACUCUGCCCAGCAGCUAGUCCCGAUGUUUGGGUCCCUCCCCAUACCAAAGCACUUAAAGUGUCUCUGGGGGAACCUUGUCAUGUUGGCUCAAAUCAAAUCAUCUCAGUUCGGCCUUGCAGGCUCCAUCCAUACUCAUAAGGCUGAGAAAGUCUUUAACAAAAGAUUCUAUGGUGUUGCAUUGUGGGAAAUAUAGGAUCCAGUGCUUCUCUGGUAUCUCAGCCUUUGAAGAGGUCCCCAUAUGGUUUUACAUGUGCAGCUUAAAUCUGUGAGGUAACAUUUGAAGUCGCUCUGUAUAACAAGACAAUGAAGGAGAUGUGCCGUCUUGUGUGAAGGUCCUUGGUCCUGGAAGGAAUCCUAUUUGCUUAUUAGCCCGCUAUGUUUUGAAUUUGUGAUCUUUAUGUAGCCUUAAUACUUUUGCAUAUCAUUUUCAGUGUUGACAGGAGGAAAGAAGAACCGCAUAAAUCAUCUUUUGUUUGGGUAAAAGGACGACUGAUUUAAAAAAAAAAGGUUUAUUCAUCAUCAUUAUCCCUGGAGAAAGAAACUGGAGAAACGAUUGAUAUCUUUUAUUGAAUUUAUUUUUACAAAUCUAAACACACACAAAGUGUACAAAGUUUCUGUGUGUAUAGACCAUUGUUACUGUGAAACGAGAUGCUGUGAACAUCCUUUUGAUAGCUGGUAUCAAACGAAUAUGUCCUUUAUAUGUCCUUUAUAGACAUAUGGGACUCUUUGGUUCCCGAUUUAAUAAACUGUAACACAAAAUGUAACAAAUAAAAAAUUUAACAAAUAAAAAAAACUGAUAUGAAUG